UGUGUAAUUACAUAUACUUAUGGACAUGUUCGAUAUAAAAUUAUACAUGAACAUUUUUUACGGGAGAGUUAAACUUAACUGUGUUAGAUAAUGUUUCUUCAUUUUUUGUCGCGUAUUUCGUCUUACAUGCAAAAUCAAACAGAACUACGCUUUCGACACAACUGAUUGAGUUUUGCAUUAAAACGGGACUGUAUGUUGCUCCUCGAAUAAAAAGAUCGUGAAUUUUUUGAAUAUUAUUUUAAUUCUUCGCACAUCUUUCUGCACGUUGUCUUUCGCGAUUCUUCAGUCGCUCUUUAUCAUGUACGAAUUAAAAUAAAUAGAAUAUUAUUCUGAAUUAUGCAAUUUAGAUCGUUCGAGAGGCAGGCUUAGGCUUAGAGAAACGCGCACUCGCUUACGUCAAGGUCGGAAUGCGAUCAUGAAGAGAGAAACGAUAAAUAAGACAUGAUAUGCGCACUAUGACACAUGCACCUUGGCGAAUGCAGGGACGACGAGAGAGGUCGUAGGAUCGUCGCGAGUUUCCGAGAAUCUUGAAAAAAAUCAUUUUCUUUUCAAGGGGACAAAGAGCGCUUCUUGUUUGUUUCUAUUGCGCGCCAGGCAAAUUUUAAACGUCGAUUCAUUAAUCGAUUUCUUUCUCGAUUUAUAUCCCGGAAUUCUCGUUGUUUCGCGCACCUCUUCAAUUUCUUCGUAAUUGUUUACCUUUAAUCUUUAAUCGUUUAUUUUCCUUCGGAACUUGCUGUAAUAAAUUUCGAUUUUUCUUAACAUAGGACGCACGGAUGAAGGAUUCGUUUUCUCGAACAAGAAACACGAAUUAAAUGCUUUCCUUUUCCUCCGGACCAAAGGAAAUUUGCACCGAACAAAUUCUUAUUCAAUUUAAACGUCGAUUUAUCAAUUGUCUUCUUUACUGGCUUAUUUGAUAUCGUAAUAUUGAUUACAAAAGACUUUUUUUUCUUUUCUUCGAAACACGCGAGCCCUUCCUGGGGACGGACCUGCAUGGAUUCGUUACGUUUAACGCCCCGCUUGUGGGAGAUUUGCGCGUGGCUCGAGGUGAGCCGUAGGUUAGGUUAGGUUACAACUCGGCCGUUUGCUCCGCCAAUAACGCGGGUCGCUUGGGUGUGGUUAUUAGUGCCGUGGGACCGUCGGAUAGGAAUUGUGUUUCAUGAAAGUGUAGUUUACGUUGCGCGUCCAGGCGGCCGGACGUCUCGUCUCUCUCUCGCGAUCGUCUCUAGGAGAGCACGCGGAGCGGCGACAUGAAGAAGAGGAGCCUGUCCGGCAACGUGGGCGUCGGAGUGUUCCUGGUGGCGUUCGUCUGCGUGUGCGUCGCGUUCGGCACGCCCUCCUGGUUGGUCAGCGACCCGCGGAUCGUCGGGGCGCAACUCGACCGACUUGGCCUGUGGCGGCACUGCUUUAGGUCGCUGCCUAAUCCCCAAGAGUCCGACGCGCCCAGGCGAUUCUUCGUCGGUUGCAGAUGGGUCUACGACCCGUUCACCGCGGGCUACUCCGAGAUCCGCGGCUUUCUCCUGCCCCCGUUUAUGAUAGCCACGCAAGUGUUCUUCACUCUAUGCUUUCUGCUGGGUCUAAUAUCAUUCUUUCUGAUAUUGCUCUUCACUCUGUGCUGUGACCCGGAGCGAAAGAGAUACAUUGAGCUGAUAACAACCAUCGGUUUCUUGCUGCUGGCCAGCGGCCUCAGCGGUGGCUUGGCGGUCAUCAUAUUCGCCUGCUUCGGUAACGCGGACGGUUGGAUGCCCGGGCACACCAAUAAUUAUCUAGGAUGGUCUUUCGCUUUGGGCGUCAUAGGCAGUGUGCUGACGCUGAUCGCGAGCGGUCUGAUGCUGGUAGAGGCAACCAUACAACGAAAGAAACGAAACUAUCUCAAGGAAUCUCAAACGCGCUUUCAACUCGAAUCUCGCGCCUAAAGAAGGAAAAACACUUCCUCACCGUUCGCAAUUGAAUUGCGUACAAGCAUUCGUACUAAAAGUCUGUAGUACCACUCCGUCCAUGAGGUGCAACGUUUUACUGUAGAACCUUUCUCUUUCUGUAGAAUGUACAAAAGGAUACGAAAAACAGAUCUGUAUUAAUUUAACUUUAGAAAAUAUGUAAUUUUAAUAUUUUUGUACGAUAUUUUAUAUCUUUAUAUAAUAUUACGUAUAUGGCUUUGUAUUAUAUAUAUUUGUCGAUGAUAUUAACGAUAAUAUAUAGGACGAUAAAUACGCGUCUUAAAACACUUGCAGAAAAAUUCGCAAAGGAUUAAUCUACAAUUUUUUUUUAUUCAGAGAGACAGCUCCGUUUUAAUAUAAAGCUCGACCAAUUGUGUUUGUGAGAAGAAGAGUCGUCUGUUGCGUGUCUAACUGUGAUAAUCGCAUGGACACUUAUCUUCUGUAUAAAUAGGAUGCAACGCUACUUUUUUUUGUCUCUUCUGCCUUCUUUCAACAAAUAUGUUAGUAAUUUUACAAUUUUAAUUUGUUGACUCGGUUGCGAUCACUUUUUAUUACUCGUACGACUUCUCACGAACUUUUCUACGUAGCGUUUUGAGACGCGAAUUAUGAAAUGCCUUGUAAAUCGUAUCUACUAUACAUAUGUAUGUACAAUAAUUAUAUUAUUAAGUCUUGCGCACGAGAUUUACGAUAUUCGCACAAUGCACUCAAUGCAGCUACGCAUUUUCCAAUGACACAUAUCUGUGAAAAUCGGAGCUAACGAGAUUAAUAGGACAUCAAAGUCAAUUUUGUAAUUCCGUCCUUUAUCAAAUAAAAACUUCUAAUACAAGA